GCAAUCUGAUUGGUUGAUUUUGGGACUCGCUGCCAACAGCGGAGAUUUGAAAACAUUUGACUAACCGCCUUUAAACGAACGAUUAGUCUUCGAGAAAGCUUUUUAAAAGGAAACAAAAACUCAGGAGUUAUCAAGACUUGAGUCAUGGCUCCGACUAAAAAAAGAACUAACACCAAGCAAAGGAAAAAGGACCCCAAAUUAAAGGCGAAACUCGAAGCGUUUCUGGAGGAUUUCGACAGUGAAGUGAAGACUAGACUUGGACAGCUGCAAGAACUAAAGAGCCAAAUGUUAAAAGAUGUUGAAAACAGCUAUAAUCUGGCUCUCAUUAAGAUCCCAUCUUCUGUGAAGAAAAUGAACUGGAUGGCAUGUUUCGGCCUUGAUAAAGGCCCGCAGGUAAAUGACGGAAAGUCACAGAAUGAAGAGGAUGCUCCAGUCAUUGAGAAUGCUGAUGACCACGCAGUUGUCAUGAAAGCAGUCAAAAUGUCCAAAAAGAAGAGUACAGCCAAAUCCACGUCAAAUGAUGAAACCGUCCCCAGAACUUUGAGGAAGGGGAGAACCGCAAAGAAGCCCCCAACGACGUCAAAACGUGCCAGAGGAAACUCUACAAUAAGAAGAUCGUCAAGGACUGCCAUGGUGACUCCCGCCAGGGCUUUGUUGAACGCAUCCAUAAUAGGCCAGACUCCCCUUAUCACGCCACGAUUUGACCCGAGGCUACCCAAGACUCCAGCUGUGCGAGGUCCUCGCCACAAGGAGCGAGUCUUCAGCAUUUCCGCAAACGGCUCCCCCAUCUCGGCAGCCGACGGAGAAGUUGUCUUAAAUGUCCCGGUUGGCAACGGCGAGAGUAUUCAGCUGCUGGCCAGUCAGCUGGAUUCAGUCGAUCUGUCCUUGCUGGACCAAACUGCUUUGAAAAGCAUUCGCCAAUUGCAGCGUUGUCUCACAUCAUUUGGAGGACCUUCCACCUGACCCAUCAGCUCCUUUGACAUCGUUUUUGCAUCCCUGAAGUGGAACUCUUGCCUCUCUGUUCUUUUUAUUAAAGUCGUGUUUUUUCUUGUGACUCACUUGACAGCCAUCCAUGUCUCUCCCUUUUGUUGUGUCUAGAUAAGGGUCCUAGCUCUUCUUGCAACUUAAUCCCUGGGGGCACUCGGCCUUGUCUCUCAUUUUUACAAAUCCGGAUUUUAGUCACACAGCUUUAGAUGGCAAACGUGGACAUGGUUGCUUGUCAACUUGGAUGCCUCUUUAUUUUUCAUGUACGAAAUGUUAUUUUUUUGUACAUAAUACACAACCUAAACAGUUCAGUUCACUUUAUUUGAUGUGUCAUUUGUUUAAGUGGAUGACAGUUAUUGUCUUGAUUAUGGUGGGAAUUUUUUUUUCUUUUCUUUCGGACAGCUGUUUUGAGCAAAUUUUUGGGGUGUUGAACCUGAAAUUUUGCCUGUUUUUCUCCAAAAGUAAUCAUAAUGUUUGUAUAAACAUUAUUUUGUUAAAUGCACAUUGCUGUUUCGUUCAUAUU